UUUGGAGAAAUUCUGAUAACUGCAGAGGAUUUCUGACCCGGUUGACCCGAGUAAUAAGAAAUAAUUUGAUGUUCGUGUUUUGGUGUCUGUUGGUUCUGUGUUGGAAGAGGUUCGGGCAUGUUGGCCCUUCCCCUUUUAACUAUGCUUUGGUUACCUGAUCCAGCCUGUUCUGAUCGGUCCAGUUCAGCUCCGCAGCUGGGUUUAUUCUCACAGGGACCAACCGGGCUGUUCAGCUCCUGUCUAAUAUUUAACUUUCUAAACUCGGUGAUUUAAAUCCAGCUGCAGCUUUGUAUCGUUAUCUUUUCAAACCUUCCUCUUUACAGCCGCACAUUAAAGUUCUCCAUAACUUUAGAGGUAAAGUAAAACCAGGGCGGUUAAAGCAGAUUUUUAUUGGAUUCAGCCUGGAGCCGCAGUUAGCCCUUCAUAUCUGCAGGCUGAUGUUGAGACCUAAAAUAAUCCGGCAGUGCAGGCCGGGCCCGCUCAGGUUUCCUCCGGUCCUUCCACAGAACCUGAGCUCUGCUUCUAAACAGCAACUUAUUGAUGGAAUAAAACCCAUUAACAGAGAAACCCUGCGGUGUGAAGCAGCUGGAGUCUGUUAUAGGAGGAGACCCUGCUUCUUAUCUGACCCCCCAACCCAGACCCCCCACCGACCCGCCCAUGAUGCUGCCUUCACUGACUGUUGGUCUCCUGGCCGUUCCCUGGACUCCAUGUUAGUUCAUCCUUUCUCCUUUUGCAGAUCUUUAACUUCUGUUUCCAGCUCUUCAUUUUCACUCUGCCAUAUUGCUGCUGAAUCAUAAAUAAUGCUAUCAAAUUUGAUGACGUUUGAUGCGUCACCGUGGCAACUAGCUAUUGUUUUUGCAACUGGGAACAGCUGAUUUUUAUCUAAAAGCUGAAAGAUACGUAAACUUUCUCUUCCAUCCAUCUUCAUCCUCAACUUCGUCUGUCAAUCUGAGACUCAAAGAGAAGCAGCAAAUGCAAAGGAGGUGGAUUAGCAGAGCAACUGAUGAUGUCAUCCAGGACAAGUUACUGUCUCUGCUGCCCAGAUGUUGGGUUACUAGCGGGGGAGUAACGUAACGGCUAUUAGACUACUGUAAACUGCUGGGCUUGGCCCGUUUCAGUGGUUCUGCUUGGCCCGUUUCAGUGGUUCUUCUUGGCCCGUUUCAGUGGUUCUUCUUGGCCCGUUUCAGUGGUUCUUCUUGGCCCGUUUCAGUGGUUCUGCUUGGCCCGUUUCAGUGGUUCUGCUUGGCCCGUUUCAGUGGUUCUGCUUGGCCCGUUUCAGUGGUUCUGCUUGGCCCGUUUCAGUGGCAGCCCAGCCACGUUUUGUUUCAGCUAAACGUUGCUGAGACACAGGAAAUGUUGAGGUCAGUAAAACUUGUCAUGGCGGACGUACGAAUCCCGACCCGCUACGGAACGUCGCUGCUGCCAGGCGCUGACGUCACGGUUGCCUAGAAACGGAAAACAACUGCGACUUUUUUAAACGUCCGCCGGGAACCUGAACAAAACUGGCAACAAUAGACUUAGGAAGAACAUCUGGAAUCUCCUGUGUGUGAAUAUUAAACCUUCUGGACGCGCUGAGCGCCGAUCGGAGCGAUGAAGGCCGAGGUGUUCAUCCAGGCGGAGGACGCAGACGGUUCCUGGACGCUGCUGUCCCUGCUGGCGUCCGUCGUCAUGGUGUUCGGCGGCGCCCUGCCCUACGUCCCGCAGUACCAGGAGAUCCAGAGGAGCAGCAACACCGAGGGCUUCUCCACCCGGGUCUGCCUGGUUCUGCUCGUAGCCAACAUCCUGCGGAUAUUCUUCUGGAUAGGGAAGCAGUUCGAGGUGACGCUGCUGCUUCAGAGCGUGGUGAUGAUCCUCACCAUGUUCGCCAUGCUGCACCUCUGCUGCUCCGUCCACAGCUCCAACCGGGUCAGCACCAAGCAGCACCGGCUCACAGAUUUGGACGUUCGUUACUUCUGGAAGUGGAGUGCGUUUGAGGAUUACCUGCUCUUCUGCUUCGGCUUCGCGGCGCUCUGCGCUGUGCUCACGCUGCUGCUGCUGGACUCGGCCGUGUUUGUGGAGGCGCUGGGCUCCCUGGCCGUGACCUUUGAGGCGAUGCUCGCCGUGCCGCAGCUGCUGCAGAACCUGCAGAACCGCUGCACCAGGGGAAUGAGUGUGAAGAUGGUUCUGCUCUGGACGGUCGGCGACGCCUUCAAGACGGCGUACUUCGUGAUGAACGACAGCCCGGCCCAGUUCUGGGUGUGCGGUUCGGUCCAGAUCCUGCUGGACGCCGCCAUCCUGCUGCAGGUUCUGCUGUACGGCCGGGACGGCCGGGCCAAGCUGGGCUGAACCAGGAAACCAGGAGCUGCUGGUCCAGAACCACAUCACAUUUUAAACGCUGGAAAACCAAAGAAAAUGAUUUUAGUGUUUGAUGAAAGAAACUGAACAUCUGCAUUUUUCUCUAUAAAUGCAUUUCUAGUUAUUUUCUACUAUUUAUUGGAACCUUGAGGAUCAUUCAGGGAAUCCUGGAGGGGAACGUCCAGCAGGAACCAGUGGAACCAGUGAGAACACUGGUUCCUCUGGUUCCUCUGAUGGACCAGUGGAACCAGAGCGCGGUCCAUCUGUCUGACUGAUGCGUCAUCUGGACGGUUCUUGGCGUGUGCAGCAUCAUGCUGCGGGCGCCUGCAGCAUGAUGAUGGUUCUGUUUUCUGUUUGGAUCAGGUUUGGAUCCGGUUUGGAUCGGGUUUGGAUCCGGUUUAAAUCGGGUUUGAAUCCGGUUAGAAUCGGGUUUGGAUCGAGUUUGGAUCGGGUUUGGAUCGGGUUUGGAUCGAGUUUGGAUCGGGUUUGGAUCGGGUUUGAAUCCGGUUUGAAUCGGGUUUGAAUCCGGUUUGGAUCGGGUUUGGAUCGGGUUUGGAUCGGGUUUGGAUCGGGUGAAGGUUUGUCCGUCUGCGGCUCAAAGUUCAGAGAAUAAUUCAGGGUUUUUAUCACAAUCUCUGAACAUUUAACAUUAUUUUUAGUUCCAGGAUUUAAGAUUUUAUGCUGAAUUUAAACGUUUUUUAAUCUUCGUGGCACUGAUAUUUUUCUCUUUUAAUAUUUCAUAUUUUUUAUAGCUUGAAACAGAAUUUGGACAAAGUUUAACGGAGUCGGUCCGACUGAAUUUAAACUGAAACAAAUCAAAUCAAAACAUUUUUUGAGAAACUGCAACACAAAAACAAAAUAAAAUUUUAGAGAAUCUGAAACUAAAGUAUCAAUCUGAUACUGACUUGGUAUCAAUAGUAUUGAUAUUUGGGAUCGAUCAGCUCACCUGUAGCUCUUGUUCUGCGGAUCAUAAACCGUUUUAAUUAGCAAUAAAACCAAAUCAGAAAACCGUCGCUGUGUGAAGGCAGAACCAUCUGUAGCUUUUUGUUUUUUAUAAACUUAUACUUUUAUUAUUUUUACAGAGCGUUAAUACAUCAAUGGUACAUAACACAGAUGUUCUCGUCUGUAGCUUUAAAAACCAAAGCAGUGGAAAAUGUUGAAAUAAAUAUUUAGCAUGUUGUUUACA